CAGUAGGAAAACUGAUUACAUGUGGUGUUAUUUUCCGACACCUUUCUACAAUGGAUAUUUUAAAUAUCAUGUUAGCUUCGUGCACGUUUCCGCAACAGCUGAAUUUGUCCCGGACCUACCACGUUUUGCAGCUAGGCAGAAAGUCCGAGUUAUCAUCCCCCCUUCACACACGGCGUUGUGUGCUGCUGAGUUGAAGUCAACUGUCAUGCAAGUCAAAGUCCUGUCUGCCCUGCUUUGCUUUGUGGCCACCACGUAUGCAGGAUGUCCGCUAGGAUUUCAUCAACACAGAACGUCCUGCUACUGGUUCUCAAACGUGCGAUGUUCGUUUCCAGAGGCGGCUGCCUACUGUCGUUACUUGGAGAGCCAUCUUGCGACAAUAGAAAGCCAAGAUGAAGACUCGUUCAUCAACGGAUAUGCUAUCCGACGUGGCAGAGCUCCAAGUUACUUUAUUGGUGCUACCGAUCUGAACAUUGAAGGGAGAUGGAUGUGGGAAGGACAACGGCGCAUGACCUACACACACUGGAAUACAAAACAACCCGAUAACUCUGGAGGCCAAGAACACUGUCUGGAGUUAUGGAAGUAUUCAAAAAAGUAUCGGUGGAAUGAUAAAAGAUGUGACACGCCAUCAAAUUUUAUUUGUGAACAGGAACUUUAAAAUGUUUGUUUUCCACAAAUCCCACCCCAACAGAUUGCAUAAUGUGCUGCAAGUAUGGGUGAAGUAAAGUGCUCAUCAUAUUA